AUGGCCGAGAUCCAGGUCGUCUCUCUUCAGCCCCUUGACCGCCAGAUUGUUGACGUAGACGGCAUUCCAGAUAUGGAUCCGGUGAUGACAGUCAGGAUGCGGUGGGAUUCGUGGUUCAAGGCUUGGCUUCGGGGUUGCUCUAUCUACAUGAAAUUUUGCAGCAACCUCUGUUGCACACAAAUAUCAAAUCGAGCAAUUAUGGUAGAUUCUGAUUUCCACGCAAAACUUUGGGAUUUCGAGUUCGACAACAGAAAAGAGCCACAAAUGAUAACCACAAGCCACAUGGCUCCUGAAUAUAUUGACACUAGACAGUUAAGCAAGAAAUCAGACGUUCUCAGCUUCAGAAUUGUUGCUUUGGAGGUAGUCAAGUCAAUAUGGUAG